AUGCUCGCUGCAAUGAAUCGGCCAGAAGACACAGUCCGGGGACUGCGUCCCUACCGCGCUGAGGGCGACGAAGAUGAAGGAAGGAAAGGUUCGACCGACUCUUUGGUGCCGCCUCCAUUAUCAUACAGUGAGGGCUCGCCAUCGCCAAAUGAAGAUGAAGGGUCAAGACCGGGUACGGCCAUGGGCGACAACCCGGGUAGCAAGCAAGCGCCUGGGCAGAAGAUGUUGACGCACGAAGAAACAAUCGAACUUGCGAAACGCGCGGUAGAAAGUGGCAUCCAGGAUACCAAACGCUCUCUGGCAGGGAGUGAGGUUGUCACAGAUGUGGUAAAACCAAAGUUGACCAUCGACCUGGGUCAUUCUCACAUCGUUCGCAUACCGGAGCCGGUGGUAGAUAUCAUCAAAGAUGAGGUGGAAAGGUUAUCCUUGUCCAACAACCACCUUUUCCAUAUUCCUUACCGCUUUGCUGAGUGCUCCCAUCUGCGAUAUCUCAAUAUCAGAGCCAACAACUUUCGAGAAUUUCCAAAGGGCGUAUACAAAUUGCCUCUACUGGAGAUUCUCGAUCUUAGUCGGAACAAGAUCAACGCGCUACCAGACGAGAUUAACAAGCUGAAAUCGCUGCGUGUGCUGUCAACCAUGCAGAACCGUCUCGAUGACUUGCCUACAGGGUUGUCCGAAAUGAACAAACUGCAGAUCCUCAAAAUUGCAGGAAAUCCCCUACGAUACCCUCUGCGUCGCGUGCUGGAGGCUUCGGAAGCUGAAAUAACGUCAUCUGGAAUGACUGACAAUGAAAAAGAAGUCGCUGUUACCGCGGAGCUAAAGAGGUUCCUCAGAACUCGACAACAAGCGGCAACCACCCCGGAUCCCGACAGCUCCGAAGCUGAUAUGGUCGUCGAUGCUCCCAGGCCCACUCUCCCGAAACGCAAACUUAGCAGCAGAUUUCCCGUGAUUCCAAACACCGGCGACGCCUCAGCAUCAUCCUCUCGCUCUCCGUCGUUGUCACGACCUUCGCCUUUAGUUCCUGCGAAGUCUCACUAUCGCAUGGCUUCUGGGCAGCAAGGCACCGGUAGCUACCAUAUGGGAGCGCUUCAACGACCAGGAGUUACCCCCACUCCCGAGGGGAUCAUUCAGGCGUCUGUCGCUGUCCGCAAUAAGCGCAUGGGUGUUAUCACCCGGAAAAACACCGAUCUGGGCACUUUAGACGAAACCCGCCCAUAUCGUAACAGCCACUUGCGCGGUCUCAGCCAUGGCUCCGUUCUACGAGCACGACCGGUAGCCCCUACUCCCGUAGCCACUGGUGGCAGCAGCUCGUCGAGUCCCAGCAGUCCACGCGAGCGUCGGCGCUUGCGAGAAGGCUGGGUCAACCGAAUGUCAAGUCUCCCCGAACACAAAGGCGAGCGAGGCUCGGAUGAACCAAUCAUCGAGAGUGCUAAAGGCAUCUUGUUUGCGAUAUUCCAGGUUCACUCCCACAUUUCCACAUUGAUGAAUGUCGUCAAGCGUGAUGACACCAGACGCCAUAGCUUGGAGUUUGUCUUUGAAAACGCCUCUUACCAUGUGGAUCAGCUCAAUGAUGUUCUUGAGAAUGCCGAGACUUCCCUGCCGGAAGAUGCAGACGCUACGCGGGCAGUCACCGAGGCCGUGAAGCGAGAAUGCGAGACAUGCGUCUCAGCCUACAGCCAUGUUAUCACGCAGUUGCGCCACAACACUGCCAAGAUCGUGACCAAUGGUGAUUCUCGGUAUGUCCGGUCGCUGAUGCUUGCAAUUUUUGGCAGCUUGGUAGAGCUGCGCAAUGCUUGUGCAAGUCUGAAUGUUCCGCUUCGGACAGCCAAGAAACGACUCUCGCCGCUCAAGCAAUUGAUGCCGGUGUCUACUCGGAUGACCCAAUCUGGCCCCCCUGGACCACCUCCUUCCACGGAGCGACUGCAGCGAUCAUUGGUCACUCCCACACGUGAAAAUGGACCGACACGACGCUUGCGAAGCGAUACCACAAUCCGACAUCCCCAAAUCCCCAUGGCUGGCCCGUUGCCGAUUACCAGCCAAUCCGCUGUUGGCUCUCCUGCCACACCAUCCUUCAAUUUCGCGCGCAGUCGAUCAAGCAGCCGAUCUAACAUGAUGAACCCCUCUAUCCCUUCUUCGCUAGCCACACCUCGUUCUGGAGAAGCAUUCCCUCCCAUUCCUACACCUGGAUCUCGCAUCAAUCCGUUGACCGGAUUAGACGAAAUUGAGGAAGAUCGCAUCUUUGAGAAGAUCUUCUACCAACUCACAUCAGCAUACACGGCUGCUCUCCAAGCCCUCCCAUUGGCUCGACGGCAAUUUAUCCGAUGUCUUGAAGCGACCGAACAGCAGCGUGAGACCGAAGGGAUCCAACUGCUUUGGAAUAACCUGAUCCGUCGUUGUCGGUACUGUCUGGAAGUUUCCGAGACACUGGGUCUUCGAUUAUCAAGCAUGAAGGUCCGGGAACCAGGCGGGGGUCUUCGUAACCAGCGCGAGUUCUGGCAGCUAUGUAAAGGCUUCAUGCAGUCUUUCGUGGAUCUAGUCACCGACAUGCGAGAAGUGCGCAGCAUGCAGCUACUCCCUCAGGACAUCAUCAUAAUCCUACGCCCCGUCCAGAAAGCCAGUCGCGAAGCAGGCCGUCUCAUCGAAGCUUCUCCGUGGUCCUAUCUCGCCGACAUCUCACAUGGACCGAGCAAUCUCUAUGGCCCUCCGCUGCAACUUCCGCACGCCCAACAUCAAACCUCGGUUUCUACAUCCGCACUCACAUCCCACCCGAACCCAUACGGGCUUGCCGUUGGCGUGCCCCUUCAUUCUGUGACUGUCCCUACCACUCCACUGAGCGCAGCACUUGGCCCUGCAGCACAGGCAACCGUCCCCUCCACACCGGCGAGUGCUUACAGCGACAAGUUCUUCGAGGGCGACGUUUUCCAGCGCGCAGACUCGCUUCUCUCGAUGGGACAUCAAGCGCCACAUUUCCGACGUUAA